AGAGAGAGAGAGAGAGAGAGUCAUUUGUCCAGUACAAAAUUUGGCAGUGGUGCAGGCUGGGGAGUCCCCAUGAUGAGUACCAUCCAAAUGAUCUUGACCUUUUAAAAAGAACCAUAGGCAAUGAUGGCAGUGCAUAGGUGAUAUGGGUACAUUUUUUAUAUGCAUGUAUAGUUGGGCUUGCACUUCUUCAAUUACUAGCUGGCUAUCUCCAUCCUCCAGGAUGUCAACAUUGGCCUGGGACCUUUUUCCAUUGAUGCUGCUCGCAACGAAAUCAUUGAAUUCACUUGGCCAAUUUCCUUCGUGGUGGUCAAAGUAUUUGCAGGUCGAGGAAGUCCUGAGGUGGACCCAUGGGCCUUCCUGCUGCCCCUUGGCCCAGGGGUAUGGGCAGCAAUGAUUGCUUCCCUUCUACUGCUUUCCACCAUCAGCUUUCUUUCUACAAAGUUCUUGCAAAACCACUUUAAUAGAGAACAUCUUGUCACAAGAAACUUCCAUUUCCUCAGUAUUGUGCUUCGCCAGUCUGUGUGGAUGGGCAAUGCUUGGUGGUGGGAGCAUGUGAUGCUGGGGGUGUGGAUGAUGGUAACUCUGGUGCUGAUGCGGAGCUAUGAGAGCACCUUGAUGUCUCUCCUGGCCGUGAGGCACAUGCCACAGCCCUACCAGACCCUCAGGGCAGUGGUCGAUGACCAUGCAGUGGGCAUAAUUUUGCACAAGCAGGGAGCAAUCAUGCAGGCAAUAAUGGAUGCUACAUCUGGGAUUUUAAGUGAAGUGAAAGCGAGUGAGGAAGAAGGCCGGAUCACUAAGCUGCCAUUGUUUGCAUACGCCUCCAAUGUGGAUGAGGUUAUAUCACAAAGCAAAGUAAUUGUUGACUAUGAUGUAAUAACAACAGUCGUCAGAAACGAGCAUUUUUCUCAAACAGGACGAUGUGACUUCUACUUUGGACAGGAGCGUAUUCUAUCUCACCCCAUAUCAUUGAUCAGCCAGAAGGACAGCCCUCUCAUCCCAGUCUUUAACAAACGAAUAACAUCCAUGAAUGAAGCUGGCCUGUUCAACUAUUGGGAGAUGGGUAUGAUGCCUAACUCGAGUGCGUGUGAGCAGGUGCCGACCAAGAUUACCGUCAGCUCGUCUCUCUCACUCAGGCAGUGCUGGGCCAUGCUGGUGGUGCUUGGUGGGGGCCUGGCAGUGGGAGUUACCACUCUAAGCAUAGAACUGGUGCUUGCCGAAGUCAUGCGUCACUGAUGGAGUUGUGCACUGCAAACCAUUGUGGUGUCCCAGGAUAUGUGUCAACGUUUUCUUUUACGGACUCUUCGGAAAAGAGCGUGUUAUCAACGAGACCAUGGAAAACACAUGUAGCGCAAACCUUAAUUUCUGACGGUGUUACAUCGCCAGACGUGAUCUUAAUCAAGCAGUCCACCAGCUGACAAGACAAAAUACACAGCUCAAAAACAAUAUUGAACAUGAAUAAAGUGAUUAUGAACUUUAAAUUUACAAAA